AUGGCAGGUAUCGGCCCGAUGCAGGGCCAAGCGAACCACUUCGUGAGGUAUUCACUAUCAGACUUGCCCGAGAAGUACUCGACCGAUCGAUACAUCAACGAGUCGCGCAGGCUCUAUAGAACUGUGGACAAGCACUUGAGCGACUCGAAGACCAAGUUCUUGGUUGGGAAUAAAUUGACGAUAGCGGACAUCGCUAUUUCGUCUUGGGCUAACCUGCUGACUUUCAGCGGUUUGGAUGCCACUGAAUUCCCCAAUGUCCAAGGAUGGCAGGGCUGCCUUAGUCAGCCUGGAGCUUUCAGAAAGGGCUUUGACGUGCCGGUCAAAACAGAUGUAGACGGAAUGAUGAAUGAUCCCGAAACUUUCAAAGCAUACUUGAAAAAGAAUGAAGAAUGGACACGGAAGGGGAUGGAAGAAGAUGCGAAGAGAUAA